AUGUCGAAUUUUCAAUUUAUUCGAUGGAAUUAUCCACAAAAUAUUGGAUCUGGAUUUACCAUUAUACCAAAAUCUUUUAAUGCUAAUCAAGAUUCUGAUCAAUAUUUUCUUGAAUUAGCAACUAGACUAAAAAAUUUCGAUGUAUUAAUCAAUCAUGAUUUACCACAACUAUUACGUGGAUAUCUUAAAGAAAGACUUCAUAAAGCACAAAAAUUACAAAUACGUAUGAUACAUAAAUAUAUGUAUGAAAUUGAACGAAUAUCUAAAUUAUAUAUUAAUACACGGAAUAAUUUAGCAAAUCAAAAAUUACGUAAUGAAUUACAACUUGAAUUAAAUAAUAUAUUAAAUGAAUUAAGUCAAUAUUUAAAAGAUUUAGAACCAAAAGCACGAUUUAUUGAUCAUUUAAAAUUACAACAUUUCAAUUAUUUUAAUAUUGCUCGAUAUAAUUUAGAUAUGAAUCGUAGUAUACAAUAUUUAGAACAAAUUUUAAUAAAAGAUAAUUCACAUAUUCGUAUUCUUUGUUCUGCUGAUAUUUUAAAUGAUAAUAAUCGAUCAAAAUUUAGUCGAUUAUGUAGUGAAUUAGCUUCAGAACGUUUAACAAAUCGAAAAUUACAGAUUUUCUAUGCUGAUUUUUCUUAUUGUCCUUUUCUAUUACCUGAUAUGAUAAUCUUAUCAUUAGAUAAUAAACUAACGAAACAAAUUCCAUAUGAACCAUUGACAAAAAAACAAACAUCAUCAUCAUCAAUAGCAGUAGAAGCAACACGAUCGAACGAAAAUGUUAUUAAUAUUCUUCUUAUUGGUGAGACAGGUGUUGGAAAAUCUACAUUUAUCAAUGCUUUUGUUAAUUAUCUAACAUUUGAUACACUUCAACAAGCUAAAUCAAAUCAACCUGUUGUACUUAUUCCUGUAUCGUUUCUUAUAACAACUGGUGAUAAUUUUCAAGAACAUAUUGUUAAAUAUGGUAAUUUAGAUAAUUCAAAUAUGAAUGAAGAUUUCAAUCAUCCAGGUCAAUCUGUAACACAAUAUUGUCGUUCAUAUCUAUUUUCUAUGAAUCAUAUUAUUGGAAAAAACUUACGUAUUAUUGAUACACCUGGUUUUGGUGAUACACGUGGUAUAGAUCAAGAUGAAAUAAAUAUGCAACAUAUUUUAGACUAUAUAUGUAAUCUAACACAUAUAGAUGCUGUAUGUUUUCUUCUUAAACCAAAUAUAUCAAGACUUCAUAUAUUUUUUCGUACAUGUCUUUUACAAUUAUUUGAUUUAUUAAAUUCAAAUAUUCGAAAAAAUAUAAUUUUUUGUUUUACAAAUGCUCGUUCAACUUUUUAUCAACCAGGAAGUACAGCACCAUUACUUCGUACUAUGUUAAAUUCAAUAUCAAUUAAUGAUAUACCAUUUAAUAAAGAAAAUACAUUUUGUUUUGAUAAUGAAUCAUUUCGAUAUUUAGUUGCAUUAAAAAAUAAUAUUGAAUUUAACGAUGAAGAAAAUAAAGAAUAUGAAAUGAGUUGGACAAUAUCUGUCAAUGAAUCAAAUCGUCUUAUUAAUUAUAUUUCUACAAAACUUAAUUCUUAUGUUUUAUCUAAUUCAUGGAAAUCUAUUAAAUAUAUUCAAAUUGAAAUCAUUCAAUUGAUUCGUCCAAUAUUAGAAACUAUGAGAAAUAUACUUCGAAAUAUAAUUCUAUGGAAAAUAGAUUCAUCAAAUAAAUCUAUUGAAUUAUAUCCACAAGUUAUUUCACGUUCAAGUAUGUUUUGUACUGUAUGUAAACGAAAUCCAUUUCAAUUGAAUAAUUUUUGGAUUUUACCUGAUGUUAUACAUGAAUUUCAAAAUAAAUGUUCGAUAUGUCCAUGUACAUAUAAUCAACAUAUUGCUAUUGAUUAUAUACUUAUAUAUAAAAUUAUAAAUAAUUCAUCAAAUUAUAAAGAAAAUGAAAUGACUAAUCUUCUUAAUCAAUUAAAUAUUGCAAGUGUUGAAUUUGCUUAUUUUCUUAUUAAUAUUGCUCAUUCAACAACUGAAGAUCCUUUUCUACAAGGUCUAUUACGAAUGAUUAAUGAAGAAAAACAGAUUUGUAUUGAACAAAAAACAAAUCAUUUAAAUUUACAAUUAGUUGAAGAAUUAGAAAAACUUCUUGUCAAUUAUAAAGAACAAAUGAAUAAAAUACAAAUGAAUCAAGAACAAAAUAUUUUAGAAAUUGUCUGUGAAAAAGUCAAAACAAUUUGUGAAUAUCCAAUGAUACGUGAACAAAUUGUAAUUAUUCGUCAAAAAAAACGAAUACACAAAGAUGAACAACAUGAAUUUCAAGUACCUGAAAAUUCAUUCCAUGGAAAAAUUAAUCUAUCAACAUCAUGUUGA